UAAGGGGUUUGCAGCAGAAGCUAAUGAAGCCUUAAGUCGGUUAAGACCUAAGAAGGACCUGUCAAGAUUCCAGAAUUAAGUAUUCCAAUACUGUGAGAAACAUGGACAACGUGUGAGUCACCCACCGGAACCUUCAUGAGUUUAGUAAUGACCAGUGUGCUUUUAGCAUGGCAAAUCGAGGACAACAAGGAAUAUCAAAGUACUUUUACGACAUCGCCGAGGAGGUGCCAGCCGACAAAUGGAAGGACUUUGCACGAAAACUACAAAUGCAGGAAGUCAAAAUCGGUCGGAUCGAGGUUGAAGAGAAUGGAAUGGUGAAAGAAUGCUGCAUGAAGGUGUUACACCAGUGGAGAAUGAAGAACGGUAGGAAGGCCACUCCAGAGGUUCUACGGAAAGCCCUUGACGACGCUGAGUUAGGGGACAUAGCUGAGAUAAUCAAAGAAGAGCCGGAAGUAAGGAUGCCAGUACAGGAGACAUCAGGCAAUAGCAGUGGUGCACAUCCACCAACAACACAGUACAGUCAACCAUCAUCAGGCGACUCCAAGCGAUCCUACACAGGACUGCAGCCAGAAGCCAUGGAUUGUGAAGAUUACGACGAUAGCCUUCUGGACUUGUAGACUUGGAAUAUGCCCUGCACCAUGGCAAAACUUUGAUCUAUUACCAGCUUAUUAAAGUAUAUUGAACAUUUUCUAUAUACAAUGUACAUUCAUAAAAUUUAAUAUUUGGAUAACGUAGACCCCUAGAACGUGAUUCUACAUGCAUUAUUCACUCAACCACCUGUAUAGGUACAAUGAAAAAAGGGGAACUUGAUUUGUGACCUACUGUUUUAUUGUUUUGUUUUUUAAAAUGUCUAAGAUAUUGUCCUUCUUGCUUUUGGAUUGUCCCAAUGUCGAACUCAAGUCAAGGUAGCCUAAGAAUUUCAAACGUUUAACGUUCAUUUUGGCACUAGAUUACAAAAAAUGUAUAACGUUACCUGCAUAAUCAUAAUACAUAGUGAUUUGCUAGAAGUA